GAUGAGCUAAUGGAGGCUGUUAAAGGCUUGUCAAGAGCAAUUUAGCCUUUACUGCUGAGCAAUUGUGCAAAGGAAGUACUUUUCAAGUGUCAAGCAGGGGAAUUCAGGAACUUUGGCCUCCUUUUCAUGCAAAGGAAGAUACCCCACAAGCUGUGGAGUUUAUGUGAUUUAGUGAUGUCCAGUUCUUGUACGAAUUGUUCUUUGAACCGGUUCUUUUCAGUGAGCGAGUUGAACCAGAUCUUCAAAUCGAACUGAAUCAUUUGAAACAGUUUGCGUCUUGGGUCAUCACUGAUCCACAAGUUACUCUAUCUUAACCUGUCUCUCGAACGUGCCUGACACUCCUAUUUGAAAUGAGCCAAUAACCGGGAGUAAUAUGAUCAUAGAACUGGUGAUAUCUGCUUUUUCUAACUCUUCUUCGCAAUGAACCGCUCCAAGUCGCUCAUAACAUUACACUGAAAUGAGAAUCGCCUCUUUCGGAAUUGUCCAACAUACUGAUGUAUUUUCCUGAACAGAAGAACAGUUAAGUUGAUUAGUGUUUGAAGAAAUAAAGACAAGAUGUUGGGAGAGGUGGUUUCAAACAUCUUGAAGUUCUAUGACUACCUUCUCAAACGAACUGAUGCCAGAGUGCGGGAUUAUCCACUGAUGCAGAGUCCCAUACAGAUGACCCUCAUCUUGAUGGGAUAUGUAUUCUUCGUGCUAUAUGCAGGACCACGAUACAUGGCCAAUCGCAAACCUUUCUGCCUCAAAACAACAAUGAUUGUCUAUAAUUUCUCAAUGGUGGCUUAUAAUGCUUUAAUUGUUUAUGAGUUCUUGAUGUCUGGUUGGGCAACAACAUACACCUGGAGAUGUGACCUCUGUGACCCCUCCAGUAGCCCACAAGCACUCAGAAUGGUUCGAGCUGCCUGGUUGUUCUAUUUUUCUAAAUAUGUUGAACUUUUUGAUACGGUGUUUUUCGUGUUGAGAAAGAAGCACAGUCAGCUGACAUUCCUGCACAUCUUCCAUCAUUCCAUCUUACCCUGGACAUGGUGGUGGGGCAUCACUCUUACUCCUGCUGGUGGAAUGGGUUCCUUCCAUGCUUUGGUAAAUGCAUGUGUCCACGUCAUCAUGUACACUUACUACGGUCUGGCUGCUGCAGGACCACGCUUCCAUAAGUAUCUGUGGUGGAAGAAGUACAUGACUGCAAUCCAGCUGAUUCAGUUCGUGCUGGUGUCUGUCCAUAUCACUCAGUAUUACUUCAUGGAAAAGUGUGACUACCAGGUUCCCAUUUUCAUUCAUCUCAUCUGGAUCUAUGGCACCUUUUUCUUUAUCCUCUUCUCCAACUUCUGGAUCCAGGCUUACAUAAAGGGCAAGCGGCUACCUGCUAACAGUGAGGACAAACCCAAACAGAAUGGCAUUACUGCUGUAACUGAGUUGGUUCCGGUGGCCAAUUGCAAACACUUGGAAAACGGCACAGUGCACUACACUAAUGGAUUUGCCCCCAAUGGGAAAGUAAAGGAAGUCUAAAUGGACCAAUUCAAUUGCACAAUACAGGACUCCAAGUUACACUGGUCCAGUGAAAUGGUUGUUAGAAUUUUUGUUGUCAAAUGUCUUUUUUUUUUUUUUUAAUAAUUGCAUGGGAGAUGAAACUGCACAUUUGAUCUGGCAGUGAGUUCCCCUUUCUUUGUAUUUGAGCAUCUGGCUGGGGAGCAGUAUGCAUGAAGAGAAUUCGUCCACUGAAGUCGGCUUCAUAGACGUCCCUCUGAAACCUGACAGCUGUCUGUGGUUGAAUCCGUUGACCUUGGCUUUUUUUCCUGGAAUGAGUCUCCCAGUUUGCACACUGUACAGUUCUCACAGAUCUAACUCAAACUUGAUUGUAAAUAAAUAUUUCCUCAGCUUAUUGGAAAUAUGAAUAGUUAAUACCCGUAACUUGUUAAUAAAAGCUUUUUAUAAUAAAUUGUAUUUUUGGCUUUUGCUUUGUGCAAAUAAAGAAAU